AUGAAACCUUUCACGAAUUAUGAGAAAGCAAUACUCAUAUCGACGCGAAUGGAUAUAAAUGGUUGUGUAUUUCCUUUUAUUGAUAAUCAAAAUCGAACAUAUAAUACAUGUAUAACAACAAGUGACUUACUUGCAAGAAGAAUAUCAUGGUGUAGAAAUAUUUUUGGUCAACCGAUAAGUUUUGAUUAUUGUGCACAAAAACCAUGUAUAUAUGGUAUAUGUAUUCCAUCAAGUCGAUGGACAUUUGGUAAUUCAUAUCAUCAUUUAUAUGUAAUUGUACAGAUUGUUAUACAGGAUGUUUAUAUGUACACAUGCUUAUUAUCGAUUAAAAGCUGUUUUUCUGCUCCAAAUAUAUUUCAAACAACAUUAAAUGCAUUAGAAUUUCUCACAACACAAACAUAUCAAAAUUUAUCAACAAUAUUUCGAAAUCUUGUUCGUAACAGUAUAAAUUCAAGUUUUAAUUUUUUACCAUUAGUUUUUACAAUAUUUCGAAUAUCUCAAGAAAAUUAUUAUCAAAUUUCUGCUGAUCUUUGA